UCAAGGUUACUUAUAUUUUCCAGACGCCCUGCAAAAUGCUGCGUCUAACAAUCUGCCUGUUGGUGAUCAAAACGGCAUUCGCUGUAAAUGCGUUCCCGAAUGACAACACAGGCUAUCAUCCAGUUGGACCGGACACCAACCUGGUAUUCAACUUCCAGCAAAUAAGACGAGACCAGCCAGCUCAAGUCGAGAUGAGGGAAGAAAACAUUCACAAGUACAGGAACAGACCUAGAACUACUAGUACCACCCCCAUACCUAGCGAUGAAGACAUGAGCCCAAUGCGGGCGGAAAAUCCUACUCCGUACACGGCAGAGCAAUGGAAUGCGGUGCUAAAAGCCCCGAAAUAUGACGGCCCAGUCGCAAACUGGAAGAACGUGCCCGCCCCUCCUACCUUCCCCCAUUGGGACAACUUGGCAAACAACCAAAACAAUUACGAGAACCAAUACAGGCAGCCCAUCGUGGUCACAGAAGAGCCCCAAUGGCAGGAGCCUGAGAUUCGCAGCCGUUCUGUGUCAAGCUUUCCUUCAACAGUUGAGCCGAUGACUUUUGCCCCUGUGACGUAUGCACCGACGUUUGCUCCAAGGUUACCCGUGCGACACCGCUCCAGAGGCAACCAUAGAUUCAACUGGGACGAUGUAACCACUCAAGCCGCAACCACGACGCCCAUCAACGUUCCGACGGCUGCACCGAGUCGCAUGCCGCCUCCAUCUGUACCCACCCUGUCUCCGUGGUAUGACGGUUUCUAG